AUGGCAAAGCAGUUAGAGCCAACUAAUCAACUUGUGCAGUUUCAUUCUCAAUCCCUUGCCAAGUUAGAGACUCAAGUUGGCCAACUAGCUCAAGCCUUGAAUAGAAGAGAAGAUGGUAAGCUUCCUAGUCAACCAGUGGCUAAUCCAAGAGGUGUGCGUAUAAUUGAUGAAGUUACUGGCCAAGAAGUUCACCAUGAACAAGUGCAAGCAAUUACUACUCUCAGAAGUGGUAAGAGAGUUGAAAACAAGGUGGAAGAAGAGGAAGCAAAGAAGGAUGAAAAGUGGAAGAAAAUACUUGAAGAGAAAAAGGAGCGGAAUGAAAAAGCACAAGAAGUACCUCCAACUACUGAGCCAUCUCCAGAACAAAGGCAUGUUGUUGUGCCAUUCCCUCAGAGACUACAAGAAACAUCAAAGGCAGCAAAGCAAGCAAGCAAACUUCAGGACAUAAUGGAGAUGUUCAAACAGGUGAAGAUUAAUCUCCCAUUGCUUGAUGCAAUUCAGCAAAUUUCAGCUUACACCAAAUUUUUGAAAGAUAUGUAUAGGUCAACCAAACAGCCUCGUGGUGUUAUUGAAGAUGUGAUCAUUAAAGUAGAUAAAUUCUACUUCCCAGUUGACUUUAUUGUGCUAGAUACCGAGCCCGUUCCGGAACCAAGGAGGCACAUUCCUGUGAUCCUUGGUCGUCCUUUCCUUGCAGCAGCAAAUGCGAGCAUAAAUUGUAGGACAGGUGUCAUGGACGUAUCUUUUGGUAAUAUGAAGGUGCGCUUAAAUAUUUUCAAUGCCAGUCAAUACCCUUUAGAUAAUAAUGAUUGUUUUCUAGUCGAUGCCAUUGAUGAAUGUGUUGAAGAGAUGACCCCAUUUGCAUUGACAAAAGAUCCACUGAAAGCAUGUCUAUCUUACUUUGAUGCCGAGUCAUUUGAUGUUAAGAAAAGUAUUGAAGAGGUGAAUGCCCUGUUUGAUGUAGCGAGUAUGCACAACACUACACCAUGGAAGAUUCCUAUUGAGCCACUUCCACAAUUGUCAAGUAAACCACCUAUACCAUCUUUGGAGUGUCCGCCAGAGCUAGAGCUAAAGCAGUUACCCUCUCAUCUGAAAUAUGCAUUUCUUGGGCCAGAUUGUACUCUUCCAGUAAUUAUUUCAGCAAAGCUAUCAGACGUACAAGAAGAGAAAUUAUUAGAAGUACUAGCCAACCAUCGAGAAGCUAUUGGCUGA